UGUACAGUCUGUCAUUGAUCUCCCUUCACUCUUUUCUACCUGUGACCUUGACACGCGUCUGUUCACAAGCCGGAUGAGAAGGCUGAGUACCUGCUCUGUCUGGAAAAAAAAAGAGGAGGAGGAGGAAAACAAUUAAAAAGAGAUGUGCCAGUUUUCCCCAACCCGUCUGCGUCGAUUGGUGGAAGCCUGUGGUCUUCUCAGGCCCUUGAGAUGUCCGUGGGGAAGAUUCCCUUCCUGGAGGCGGUGAACGGCAGCACAGUAAUGCUGCCUUGCACAUACGCCAGCUGCAUCGGCAUCAAGAACCUCUACUUCAGCUGGCAGUUCAAUGACAACGGCACCAUGCAGAAGGUGUGCGACUCGGUGAUAUCGUCAGAGGGGGUGGUGCCAACCGUGAAAAUAUAUCGGGAGCGGGUGGAGUUUGUGGGGAAAAACGAUCACAACAACAUCUCCAUCUUGCUGUGGAACAUCACCUUCGAUGACGGAGGCUACUACACUUGUUAUGGACGCAACCCCAAAGAGAAGGACAAGAACCACAGUGCCAUCUUCCACCUCAUUGUGGUGGACGAGUUGAGGGUGGUGGACAACACGCUGGCCACCAUCAUAGCCUCAUGUGUGGGCGGAGGCAUCGCGUUGCUAAUGGGCUUCAUGUUGCUCAAGAACUUCACUCUGUUUGUUCUUGCCAAGCUUGAGGAGAAAAAUAAGGAGUGCCUUGUAACUUCAUCAGGGAUCGACAACACAGAAAAUGGCCUCUCAGGAUCCAAAGCUGAUUCAAAACCGACACCAAAAAAGAAAUGAGAAAGCGCAUGUAUAUAUAACCUUAUGAGUACUCACAUUUCUGUACCUACUUUGCAUAUAUUUGUAUAUAUGCACAUGUGUUUUGCGCACAUGCAAAUUCAUUGUAUUGGAGUUGGGAUCUUAAAGCUCUGCCUGGCUGUGGCCUUUAAAGGGAAACACACACACAUGCACACAUGGACUCAGCGACACCACGUGUGCAUGAGAAGUAACUGCAGAUGAUGUACAACUAAACUGUCAUUUAAAAUGUGCACACGGUUAGUUAACGUCUAACGUGUAAUUUGACAUACUGGAGACACUUAAGCUUGAUUUAUUUUCCAUACAGCCCAUCACAAUUACCUGAAAAACAUAUUUAAGUGUUAUUUUUGUUUGUUGUCUGUGUCAGUGUUCAGCAGAGUCGUAUCUGUGUGGUUUGACAAGGAAGCCUAAUGUGCACUUUAACUUCACGAGGAUGGGCUGAUGGUUCACAGAGCCUGAAUAUCGAGCCACAGUAGGGAUGGAAAGUAUAGGUUGUACGACAGGGUGGAAGAUGACACCUUUGAGGUUUAAGUCAACCGGCUCUGUAUGAUUUGAACACGAUGGUGAUGAUGGUGCAGAUGCCACCAGGGAGCCAGAUAAUCUGUUGAGCUCCUUUUAUUACAAAACUGGGAGAUGACCGGUUGGAGAGAAAUGGAUCCAGGGAGGGUUGCAGGGUCGCUUGACUGAAGGUGGGUCCCAGGCAGAGUGGCAAGUGUAGUGAACAAGCAGCAGGCUCGACAGGUGAGGAGGAUCAGGCAGGGCCAGAGUCAGGGGAGGCAGGAAAAAAUGUAAUGCAAGGUUAGUCGCUGGCGGAGAAGAUGGCUGAGCGGAUUAUUUGAGGAGGUCUUUGUUACAGUGAUGAGGUGCAGCUGGUAAGAGAGAGAGAGGGAGAACGUGCUGUUCCAGUGUCAACCAGAAGGUUAGGAUGAAGCAACAGAUAAUGUUCCAGGAGCAGAUGGAACAGAUGGAUAUUUGGUGGCGAGGUCAUCAUCUGAUUAGUAAUUACUGAACAACUCCACUGAAUGUCAACCUGUCCUCCAACAUCGUUUUCUCCGACUCUGUUUAAGUAAUUCAUUCAUACGUAGAUAACGCUUCAAAUACUCUAUAGAGCGAGAAGCUACAUUAAUGCAUUUUAAGAAAGACUGCCACGUGGACUCGUCAUUUCUGAACAGUAAGCUAAGUGUCUCUGGUGGAUGGUUUGUCUUUUUAAACUCAUUCGAUAGAAAACUAAUCAAGUGCACAUAUUGUGAAUCUAUGCGGAUGCUUGUGUGAAUUUUCUUUUGUGCGCAGUUGAUCAGACUGUAUGUGCGGGUUGAAUCGAAACAGUUGUAUAUCACUUCUGCAACACUGUGCACUGUUUAAAGUGCUUUGUAAAGCCAUGUUAUACAAGUGAAGGUCUGUGGCCGCAGCCAGAGCAGAUGCACAUUUGAAACUUUGACUGUUUUUCAUCUAAAGUUAGAACAAAAAUAACUUUUUUUAUUUAAGUGCUCGAGACAGGGAAUAAUGCAAUGUAGCUACAGCCGGGCUGAGUCCCUCAGAGUGGACGUCGUCAAGUUUGUUGUCUGAUUUAUUCCUAUUUCAAAUUUUAUUCAUAUUUCAAACAAUUUAGAAAUGAUGGGUGAUUAACGUAGUACUAACACAAAUGUAUGGAAGCCCUGAGAGGCAAGAAAGAAACAUUCUGGUUAUCCAUUCUCUAAAUUUGAUCUGAUUUGAUGAAUGUUUAUAAAAAAAAAAUGUACAUUCUUCCGCCGCGCACCGGAAGUAUCUCCCACACUUGUCUCCCUUGUUAACUCCUCAGAAAACUGGUCUGCAGUGUCGUGGUGCACUUCACUGUCUCGAGGCCAAAGUAAGUAUUAGAGCAACUAACACUGAGAAGAAUGAACAUUGAAAAACUGGGAUGAUUCAAACAUAUCCUUUGGGAAAAAAAAACAAAAAAGUCCAGACUGUUUCAGAGAGGAAUAAAAAGAUUAAAGUUCUUUCCUGGCAAAACUUUUUUCUUUUUUUUCUGUUUUUAAGACAUAACAUGGGAGAAAACAAUUUAGACCUGACAUAAAAAAAAAAAAAAAUGGAUCACCAGAAUUUGUAUUCCUGACUUGCCUCUUGAAGCUUCCGUACUAACGGUGUCGACAGAACACUGUGGGACUCAGCCCGGCUCUUCACCCUCUCCCCAUCUUUGCUUGAUAUAAAAACACAGGUGCCUGUUAGUGCUUCGACGCUCCUCUGCCAGCGAGGACAACUACAUACUGCAGAAGAGACGAUAAAACUCAGCAAACAGUAAUAAUACAACACGCUUCUGAGCUGGAAUGAUAGACAAUCCCCUGAAAACAAUCCCCCCCACCCCUUUAGAAAAUGAAUGACCCUCUGAUGAUGCUGCUUUUAAGACAAAUAACCAAUGCAUUUUAAGCAUGUGCAACAUGGGCCAGAUUUUAGAUACAAUGCUAGAAAACAGAAAUACAUACUUUUUUGGAAAAAAAUAACAUGUUCUAAUGUACUAACGCUAGUAGCGUCAGCUCUGAGGUUAGCUGUAAAUCCCAUUCUAUGCCAUGCUAAUUUCAUUGUGCUAACCCCGGCUAAGGCUUAGCACUAUUUGGUGAUGUUGCCCCGGAUACUGUAUGCCUGGAUCAGACUCAACAUAUACACACUGCUUAGUGUCUGCCUCUUCAUGGGAACAGCUUGAUUUUCCUGAGAAACACAUUCAGUCAGUGUCCCUCCUCUUUGCUAUAAAUAAUCUUUACUUGCAGCCCUGCAGUGACAAAGACAAACCUGGCGGUCCCGCCCAUGCAUACAGUACACAACCCAUAGAUUCAUGGUUCAGCUGAUCAUGGGAUCUGGACGGGCUGAGUAGAGGGGCUUUAGUUCAAGUGUAACUCUGUUCAAGUAGGAUAUAAGUGACGCUCUCAGUGGAGCCCAGUGACUGUGCCAAAUGGGGAUGACUCCAGCUGAGCAUCGCAUUAGGAGAUGAAUGUAUCUGUAUCAACUGCAUUACAAUACACAUCUGUUUCACGUCUAAGACGCUGAAUGUCUGGCUUUAAAAAUAGAAAAAAUACCUCUGGAGAGUGGGACGGAUGUGUGGAUAACACUGUGUCAGGUCAGAUAUAAACGUACCUCCCAAGUCGCAACAGCUGUUGAUCGUACUGUAACGCUAACGUGUGAAUGUCCAGCUGUUUUCUGAAACUCACUGUUACGUUAAUAAUAAUGUGCCUCCACAUUAAAGUGACUCCAGUCCUUUAGUCACUGGCUUGAAGCAAUAUAAUAAAUGGGGUGUGUUUGGGCAAGAUGUAUAUUUUUGUUGUAUGUAUAGUCCAAACCAGUGUCGGUUUGUCACAUUGAUCAUCCGAGUGAGAUGAGAAGAAAACCAAACAGCUCGCGUGAGGAAAGAGCAAGGUGAUUCUUUAAGGUCUCAUGUAAUGAUGUUACAAUGUGAAGUUGUGGAACAGCGCAAGAUAUCAAUCUUGUAGAAAUAGUUUGUCAUUUGGGGAAAUCCACUUAUUUGCUUUCUUGCCAAAAGUGAGAUGACAAUAUAUGUGAAGGAGCAGCCAUUAGCUUGUUAGCUUCGCCUUGCAUAAAGACUAGCAACCCUUUUUCUGUGCAAUUGAAACAAAAUCAACCCACCCACACCUCUAAAACUCACUAAUUUACACAUUUUAUCUGACAUUCUGGAGUCUCUGCUGGUUUAAUGACAAUUGCACAGUGGUGACAACAGUCAAGCAAUUAAACAAGAUAUAAUGUGUUAAUUAGUGCGCAUUAAAAGGUGUUGGUAGCAAGCCACAACCUCUAGGACUGAUAUGGGAAAAUGCAGUUCAUCAAACAGCCACUUGAGGCUGGUUCUGAAAGGAAGUCAGUCUCAUAUUAAAUGUGCAGUAUGUGAUAAAUUGGUCGGUCCAAACUAAUAGUUCAAAAAAUGGGGGGUAGCCAGUCACAAAGUUAACCACCAACUGCACCUUAUCCUUCUAGUUAGCAGGUUAGUGGCUCAUCCAUCCCUCAGCAGCAAAGAAAAUAAACAUAUUUCCCAAAAUGUUGAAUUAUAGCCUAAAGUAUUAGUUAUGAAAAAAAAAAGUAUAAUAAGAACAGAGAAACCUAAUCGCUGAAAAAGCAGUGAUGACUUCAUUGCAUGGGAUCUUUGAAAAGAUAUCACAGGUACACAAGGUGCAAGACGUAUUAUGGGUAAUAUACAUUUGUCAUAUGUGUGUUUACCAUAUUCUUGUUUGCCUUAAAAGAGAAAAUCCACCCUCGAGAAAUCAGGUCUACACUUCUGGUCUGAUGCUGUGACUUUGAAAACACGAUGACGGUGUUUUGCAGGAUCAUACGCUCAAAUAAUUUGAUUGCAAUAAUUUAAUUUGAACUAAUGAAGAGUAGGUUUUGUUGCUCUUGUUAGACGAUGUUGAAAAAAGAAUGUGAUUUGUCUGAAUGUCGGCGCGGGCCUUAUGAUGACAAGCAACUCUAUGCAAAUCACAACAGAAGUGACGGUGUGUUUGUCAUGCUGCAGCUUUGAGUGACUGCGACAGUUCAGGUCUGUGAGCAGUAUGACUGUAGAGGAUUCAGGUCCUGGAUCAGAAAGUUGUGGCAAACGGGAUGCAGGGUGAAUGGGGAACAUCCAGAGAGGAGCCUUGAGUGGACUGGAGCCCCUGUACUUGAUCAGACCCUGCAGAGCGUAUAGACUCAUCGUACUCCACUGCUGCUCUCUGCACACCAAUAUACAGCUGUAAUGCUCUGGCUCGCUCUCAAAUGAUGUCUCCAUUUUCAACCUCUCAUCUGUGCAUAUCAGCUCUCGAUCUCUUUAUUAUA